AUGUCGGCGGACCCUAAGAAGCGGGUGGUGGUGACCGGGCUGGGGGUCAUGUCGGGCCUCGGGCAGGAGCUUGGGGAGUUCUGGAGCAACUUGGUGGAGGGCAAGACGAGCAUAGCGCGCGUCUCUCACUUCGACCCGUCGGACUACACGUGCCAGAUCGCAUCGCAGGUCGGCGACUUUACCCCCGGCGAUUUCUUCACCAACGCCAAGACGGCGAAAUCCAACGAUAGGUUCACUCACCUCGCCGUCGCUGCCGCUCGUCGUGCGGUGGGGGACGCCGGACUCGACCUCGGCAAGGUGGACAAGUCACGCAUGGGCGUUAUGGUCGGCUCAGCCUUCGGAGGGAUGGCGACGUUCGAGGAGCAGACGCUGAAGCUGUCAGCAGGAGGCCCCAAGAAGGUCUCUCCCUUCACCAUCCCCGCCCUCCUUGGCAACACGGCCUCUGGCAUCAUCGGGAUCGAGCUGGGAGCGCAGGGGCCCAACUUCGGUGUGACGUCAGCAUGUGCCGUGGGAUCGCACGCGAUCGGGGAGGCGCUGAACGCCCUGCGACGGGGAGACGCCGACGUGAUGGUGGCUGGAGGAAGCGAAGCGGCCGUGACCCCCUUGUCUUUCGCCGGUUUCUGCGCCAUGAAGGCGAUGUGCACCCAGUUCAACGACAAGCCAGCUGAGGGAAGCCGGCCAUUCGAUGCCGACAGGUGCGGGUUUGUGAUGGGAGAGGGAGCAGGCGUGCUGGUGCUUGAGACACUCGAGCACGCGGAGAAGCGAGGAGCGAAGAUCUAUGCGGAGCUCGCAGGAUACGGAGCGAGUUGCGACGCGUACCACAUCACCACACCUGCUCCAGGAGGCGCCGGGCUCGCCAGGGCCAUCGAGGCAGCGCUGAGAAGCGGAGGAAUCAACAAGGAGGAGGUUGGAUACGUCAACGCUCACGGCACCUCCACUGCCUACAACGACAAGUUCGAGACGCUAGCGCUCAAGGCUGUUUUCGGCGAGGAAGGAGCCAAGAAGCUCAAGGUUUCCUCCACCAAGGGAGGGACGGGACACACGCUUGGAGCCGCAGGAGGCAUCGAGGCGGUGAUAGCAGUGAAGGCGCUUGAGACAGGCGUCAUCCCUCCCACCAUCAACUUCAAGACUGCGGACCCUGAGUGUGAUUUGGACUACACCUUCAACAAGGCUGCCACCGUCCCCGAUCUCAAGGUUGCCAUCUCGGAGAACUUGGGCUUCGGCGGGCACAAUGCCGCGCUCGCCUUCAAGAAGGUCUGA